GGGGAUAUGGGGAGGGGGAGGAGGAGCUUCGCGACCGUUACCUGAGCUGUUGUUACCUGAGGUGGAGCUGAAUGCGGCGAAAUAAAAAUAUGCGCUAAAUGAUACUGUGGACGGCGGCUGUCGGGGAGAGAAACUGCUGAUGCUAUCGUUCGAAUGUGAAUCGUCUACGGAACUGCGCUUUUCUAAUUGAGUAAAAUGUGUAGCUAGUAAAACUCGGUGAAACCGCACGAAGGUUAAUCGACGCGUCGCAACACGACGCGACGCGUUGAAAUGAAACCUUAUUUACACGCAUCAAAAGGGGCGGAAUUCACGACGAUCCACAUCUUCUCCUCUACACAUCUCUACUCUCUGAACGAAUCAUUAGUAAAAUACGCAGAAAUGUCCCUCCAGGUGUUUUAGAGAAUAAUAUGAAUUCAUCCAGCCAACACCGUCUUGCGACUCAACCGGCCAUUCGAGCAUUCGAAGCAUUUCGUGCUCCAGGAUUCAGUUUCAACUCUAAUAACCUGGACAAUGCGUUUGGUGGUACGGGCUUAAAACGUGGUCAAAUAUCUGAAAUAUGCGGUCCUUCUGGAAGUGGAAAAACAACAUUGGCUCUAAAUGUAGCAGCCAGCGCGUUAAGUGCAGGAUACAAAGUGAUAUGGAUUGAAACUUGUCAACGAAUUCCUUUAGAACGACUCAAGUACAUGCUUUCAUGUCAGGUUCAGUCGUCACAAGCCGAGGAAGUUGAACCGACAGAGGAUGUCUUGUCGCUAUUGGAGAUUGUUCAUGUGCCGCAUUUAGCGCAACUUGUCGUCUUUAUACAACAAAUGAAUCUUCAAAAGAAGAUCGAAGAUGAGAAUUUAGGUCUUGUUGUUAUUGACAAUCUAUCUACGGCAAUCCAACUCGCCUUCCCUACAAACCCCGACGAUUACCAUGCAGCUCGUGCCCGAAGCGAACGGCGGAGAACACAAUCACUUUCGUCUGCCUCGAAUAAAGAGAACAUAUCUCCCUUGAAACGUACUCCAGUUACGGGAACAACGACCGAAUCUUCCUCCUCUCACACUGUGAAUAGCUCUUUUCCAAAAGCUAGGGAGAGCAUGAAGUUGCGAAAAAAACGCGUUGAAGGUGAACUGAGCAGUAUGCUUUCGAGGAUGGCUUCUUUCUACCAAGCUGCCGUCUUGGUUACAACUCAACUUACCUCAAAAAUCGAGCCUGGAGCUGGUGCUAAGAUGACCCCGUUUCUGGGCCGGGCAUGGACAAGCAGUUUGGCAAACCGCUUAAUUUUAUAUUUUCGUCACCCGACCUCUGAAAUUCGUAUUCCGGACGAUGUUCGACGAGAUUCAUCUGCACAUAUUUCUACGGGUGAUCAUCGUAAGCUUCGGUAUGGAUAUAUGGCAAAGCAAGCCACUCCCAAUGCAAGCGACCGCGAACUAGUAUUUUAUGUAAGACCUACCGGAUUACAGGAUCUUCAGGUGAUCUCUAUUAGCAGUUCGCAACGGAGGAAAAGAAUCUUGUCCGAAGUUGACUGAGUCAGCUUUGGUCAUUUGCGUGUAACUAUACUACGGCGAAGACAUUCUCUCAUGCAUUGAGACUUGUCAGCAUCAUCAUCUGCAGAUGACUAUUAUUUACGCCCGGCUUGUUGCGUCAUUUUAGUUGGCUCUCGAGAUCAUUUGUAUCAAUGCUUAAAAUAUAACUAUCUAUUGAGGCAUUAUUCGUUCGAGGAUUGUUGCUCUAAAAUGACGCUUUCAACUUCCCACUCCUCAUCGAUGUGACUCAGAAGUGAGGGAUAUAUGGAGAGUUGACUCAAUUGUUAUGUCACUUAAAACUUUCUUGGAACUGACGCCUGCGUGAAUGGCUACCAAAGCUGUGAGGCAAGAGCAAGAAAACGAGUGCGUAGCUGAUUUUUCAGCGGGAUUACCGCAUACGAGUCGUCUCAGCAUGACGUCUCGGGGGCAUUCAAUAUCAUUAAAGACGCCUUGCUGGCAGGAAUGAAAGUUGCAACUUUCC